UGUAGCGACAGCUCCUGGGGCGCGCGGCGUCGGGGAUCCCACACGCUGCACGGGGCAGGGAGCAGAGCCCCGGCAACAGGGCUGGCGGCCGGCAUGGGGCACCCCCUCGCUCACCCCCUCUGAGAGCCAGCCAGCCGAGGGCGGCGAGUCCCCCCGGGGGCAGCACGGCUGCCGUGGGGGUCCUGGCCCCGGGGAGCUCGGCUCCGACGUGGAGGGGCUGGAAAUCCCCCGGCGGGUGAUGCCCGGCGGCACCGACACGAGGUGCUGAGGGUCCCGGGGGGCCGAGGAGCCGCUAUGACCCCCGAGAAGGUGCUGAGAGAGGGGGUGCUGGAGAAGCGGAGCGGGGGGCUGCUGCAGCUGUGGAAGAAGAAGCGGUGCCUGUUGACGGAGAAGGGGCUGCAGCUCUUUGAGCCCAAGGGCUCGCGGCGCAAGGAGCUGAGCUUCGCCCGUAUGAAGGCGGUGGAGUGCGUGGAGUGGAAGGAGCGGCACAUCUACUUCACGGUGGUGAUGGACGACAGCCACGAGAUCGACUUCCGCUGCGCCCAGGAGGACCCGGGCUGGAACGCCGAGAUCACCAUGGGCCUCGUCCGCUUCAAGAACCAGCAGGCGAUCCAGGUCGUCCGCGCCCGGCACAGCUGCCGAGCAGUGGUGCAGUUUGAUGCAGCCCCGGUGGGACAGCCUGCGGACGCGCAGCAUCUGAAGAGCAGGAUGGAGAUGGCCCUCGGCUCGGGGGGCGGUGGGGAGGACGGGAUCCCAGCGGGCAAGUGAAGCCACUGCUGUCUGCGGCUCGGGGAUGGGGACGGUGGCCCCGGGGAGGCCAGUGCGGGCGCUGGCUCCCCCCAUCCUGGGGCAGAACAGAGGCACUGCAGGAGCCGGGCUGGCACGGCUGCAGUGGGCAAGCCACAUCCCCUUGACACCAUGGGGCAAAAGACACAGUCAGGGCCACCACCUGGGACUCUGGACAUGGCAGGAGGUGACAUCCCUGCCUGGGGACCCACCGUCCUUCAGCUGACAUGGCCAGGACAUUGGUGGACUGGUGGGGACCCCCGGGCCUCUCCUGCGGGACAGGGGAUGGGAUGGAUGAGGUUGAGCCCGAAGGAAGCCAUGCGACAGUGAGUUCUGCCCGAAUGCCAGUGACACUGGGACGGAUGGAUAUGGCCGGGGACGCGUCUCCCCCCGAGCCCCCACCUUGGGAAGGGGCUGGCGAGCUGCUGCUACAGCAGGGACCCCUCUGGGCACCGUACCCGCAUGGUGCAGUGACACGAACGUGCUGCGGGACACUGUCCUGCCCUUGGCUCUCCUUGGGCUAAUGGGGGAUGCUGGGGAAGGCAAUGGGGACCCUGACUCCCUGUACCAAAAGUGUCCCCAAACAGGACCUUCUGCUGCUUACCCUGGUGUUGCUUUGAUUUGUGGGGCCCCGCAGGGUAUGGGAGAGCACAGAUCCUGCACAGAGCUUCGCUGCUCGAUGGCAUCCCCCGAAAUCUGCCCCUAAAUCCCAUAGUCGGGCUCGAAAGCCCCCCACUGCCACCCCAGGCCUCUCCGGUCACCCAUGU